UAUCAAUCUAUACCUAUCUAUCUAUUUAUCUAUCAAUCUAUACCUAUCAAUAUAUCUAUCUCUUUAUCUAUCUUCUAUACAUAACUACCAUUCUUUGCACUUAAAUAUGUAAUUCUUAUGUAUCUGCACUUUCUAUCAAGCAAAAACAGCUGUAUUCUAUUUCUAUUACACACACACAAUAAAAUCAAAUAAACAACUAAAUAAUAAAUAAAAAAAAACCACCCCCUUCCCCUCACACACGUCAAAACAAUACUGGUAAACAAAAGCAACAAAUAUACAGAAAAAUAACACCCAGCCACGCAAUCCAUCCAUCAGACCAACAAAUGAAUACAGACACAUCCCUCUCCGCCGCGGCCCCGGGCUCUUUAAAAACUCCGAUUGGCUGUUCAUUAACUAAUUACCGCGUAUCCUGUCGACUGAAGGAGGGGAGGGACGGGGGUGGGGGUAGAAGGGGAGGGGCAAGUUCCGGCGGCGCGGGGCACACACACAGUCAGGGGUCAUUCCUAGGGUGGUCACGUCUCCUGCUGGUGGUGAGGGCCUUCUACUCCUGAUCAUCUUAUUCCUGUAUUCUUUUCUUCCUCUUCCUCCUCCUCCUUUAUUUUCUACAACUGUUACAACUAUUCUUGGUCUUCCUCCUCCUCCUCCUAUUACUGAUCUUUCGACUCUUCCUCUUCUUCCUCCUCCUACAUCCUCAUCUUCCUACUCCCACAGCCACCACACGAGUUUCCAGCAGCAGACAUGGCGUGGGUGCUGACGUGGGUCUUCCUGCUGUGGGCCGCGGCGGUAGGAGUGAGCGGGGAGGAUACCGAGGCGGGGCUGUGUGGGCUGAACGGGUGCCAAGCCAUCGACCUCGCCAAGCGCUACACGGACCUGACGAUGGCCAAAAUGAUGCACACGAUUAAGCCCGAAGCCAUGGAGGACGUCUUCGAGAGCAUGUCGCGUCUUGAGGCUCUCGUGCGCCAGGUGGAAGAUCUUACGAGGGACACCGGCAGCCUCCUACAGCCAGUGUGGCCGAUCAACUCGGGGCCGCAGCGGUGGUCCAUGUGCGCGGAGGGCCCCUGCUCCUGUACCAUGGAGACCAAGUUCGUGUCCUGCUGGCGUCUGGAGCUGCUCAACCAUGUGCCCCGCAAACAGCAGAUCCCCAUCGACACCCGGAGCCUAGAACUCGGGAUGAACCGCCUCAAGUUCCUCCACAAAGACUCCUUCAACAGUCUGACGGACCUCGUGGAGCUUGACCUGAACGAGAACCAACUUGAAUUGCUGCCAAACAGUAUCUUCUACGACCUCGAAAACCUCAGACAUGUCAAGCUCCACAAGAACCGUCUCCUUUACCUCAGUCCCGGGAUAUUCCAAGACGCCCGAUCGCUGAGGACCAUCGACAUCUCCUAUAACAUGCUGGAGGGGCUGCCGGGCGAGGCUUUUAAGAAGCUUCACCACCUGUACAAUCUCAACCUGGAGAGCAACGCUAUUAAGACUCUCGACGAGGGCAUCUUCUACGACCUCAACAACCUCGAAGACCUCAACCUGUCCUACAACCAGAUUAAGGAGCUCCCCCAGUUGGUGUUCUACAGACUGGGCAAGCUGAAGAGUCUGAAGCUGUCCCACAACGCCCUGACGCGCCUUCCCUACGGAGUCUUCAACGGGCUAACUAGUCUGAAGGAGCUCUACCUCGACAAUAACUAUAUUGAGGCCAUCCCAACCGACGCCUUCCGUGACCUCAUCAACCUGACCUUCCUCGAGAUGACCAGCAACAGAAUCCUCAAGAUCUCCUACCGGGACUUCAUCAACAUGGGCAGCCUGCAGUCCCUCUUCCUCGGCCAGAACCUCAUUGAAGAGAUCCACAACAAGACCUUCGUGGGCACGCCGCGUCUGGAGAAGCUCUACGUCUUUUCCAACCGCAUCGUGACCGUCGAGUUGGCUGCCUUCUCCGGCCUCAACAACCUCUCGUGGCUGCUACUCAACAACAACCUGCUCAAGCUCCUGCCCAAUGCCAUCUUCCGCCGCACCCCGAGCCUCCUGCGACUGCAGAUCGACAGCAACAAGUUCAUGCAUCUACCCGUGGGUCUCCUGGACGAGCUGAAGAAGGUGGAGCAGGUCAAGCUCUCCAUGAACCCCUGGCACUGCGACUGUUUCAUCCUCUACCUCACCCGGUGGCUCCACAACAACCCGGACAAAAUCUGGGACCGCCAACCCAAAUGCCGCGGCCCUGGUGACCUCGGAGGCAAACCAGUGAUUGACAUGACCUUCAACAGUGUAUGCGACGGUCAGUGGGCCUCCAUGACCAAGAUCCAGGGCAGGGUGUGAGGG